AGACGAUGAUCGACGAUGUACCGGAAAUAAGAUUGACGCAAUUAUAUCAAUGGUGGAUUUUGAUUUGGAGGUGUCAACUUUGGAAGUUUCAGGAUCUCCAUCAUGUCCUGACCAUACCCACUAUAUUGGGGAUAGAAAUAAAACCGCCAAGAUGCUAAAGAUCAUCCUGAACUUUAUUAAAGUCAACUAUUCAGGCGAUUUCGGACAGUUUAGAAGAAUAAAAGUAUACGGCGUUCAAAUAUAUGAUCAUGACUUUUAUAUUUACAGCAUGUGUAUGCCCUUUGCUGGUGUAUAUUAUUUUAAACUCGAAAAAAAGUUCUCUUAUUCAACAAUACCAGCUUUGCUCUUCAAAGAGUUACCAAAGUUCGCCUCAAACUUGUGGACGAUGCGAGAUAUGAUUAUUUCGAGUACUAAGAGUAUAAUGUCUUAUAUUACAAAUCCUAUUCCGAAUCAA